AUGAUUUCAAAACAAGUCAUUCAUGUCAUUGGGCUUCAAUUAACAGUAUAUGGUUUAGAAGAAUAUAAUAAAUUUUAUAGAGGAGCACCUGUUACUGUCAUGUUUGCGCUUCAUGGUCGAUUACAAAAUCAAUUCAAGAUGGAAUCGGUUUCUCAAGCUAUAUGCCAAUUAAAUGAACAUUAUCAAAAAGGAAAUCGGUACAUUCUCGUUAUUACAUUUGACUCACCUAACCAUGGAAGUCGGCUUAUUUAUAAGCCUGCAAACUAUGGUUGGGUAGAGGGUAAAUAUAAAAAUCCAACUCAUGCAUUAGAUAUGUGGAGUAUGAUUCAUUCUACUUCACAUACUGUGAGUGAAUUAAUUGAUGUAGUAGAAUACUAUUUAUUUGGUGGUUCCCAACAAUGGGUAGAGAUUUGGGGAGUAAUGGGUUUCUCAAUGGGUGGCCAUGCAACAUUCUUAACAGCAGCCAAUGGUAUUUAUAUAGCUUAUCAAUAA